ACCCCGCCUCCCACCCUCCUGGGCGUCGCCGGCGCGAUGACGUAACGCGUUGCGUGCUCUGUAGGCGACGCUGGAGAGCUGCUGGUUCUGUGGGCGGAGGUGCGUGGCGUCUGCUCCCAGAACGGGAGGGCCAAGUGAGGUCAUCUGCUGCUUCUGACUGAGGAAAAGAUGGUCAACGUCUUGAAAGGAGUGCUUAUAGAAUGUGACCCUGCCAUGAAGCAGUUUCUGCUGUACUUGGAUGAGUCAAAUGCCCUAGGGAAGAAGUUCAUCAUUCAAGACAUUGAUGACACGCAUGUCUUCGUAAUAGCAGAGUUGGUUAAUGUCCUCCAGGAGCGAGUAGGUGAAUUAAUGGACCAAAAUGCUUUUUCUCUUACCCAGAAGUGAAAAUAUUAGAUAUUAAAAGUAACAGAUGCAAGAGACUCAUCACUUAGUAUCUUACGUGACAGGCGAGACUUAGAGCCUUGCUAAGAAGCAUGCUGCGGGAAAGACCCGGGGAUCAUUUGUUCAGAAAAAAGCCCCUGAGCUGAUAUUCUUGUUCUGUUCUUUUGUGUGUGUGGUUUUCUUUUUUUUACUACAUGUACCCUAGAAUUAAAAAAACACACAAAACUUUAA